AAAUGCUGAAACAUCAAGAGCUCUCUGGAAAGGAAAAAGUCCACAUUGAAGCAAUUUAUGAUUCUGUAUGGUCUUUGAGACAAAUAGAUAGGUGGUUUAGUAAAUUUCUACUCAUCAACAAACGUGAAACAACUAAAGUAAAUGUUAAAUAUCAUGAGUGAUCUAUUUACAAGGCGAUUAGGUAAGCAGGUGUGUUAUCAGGGAGAGGAUCAGGCUUAAUGUUUUCCUCGAGUGAUGCAUGGGUACACACUGUGACUACAGUGAAUCUGAUGGCCUGCCAUUCACAUUAUUUGUUUUUAAUGGUAAAACACACGGGAACUUCAGUCUUAUUAACUUAGCAAACCUUACAUCCCCACCCAUUUAAGCCUGCGGGCCAAAGCUGUUUGUGAGCCAAUUACUGCCCUCCUUUAUACUUUGUCUGAGGAAAAACCACUAACUACUUUCCCCAGGGUUUUACACUGACAUUCCGAUUAAAAAUCACUGAUCAUAAAAACCUGACAAAUUGGUGCACAAAUUCCCAGUGUACCGUGAGAUGCCUGCAUAGUAGAUGUACGAUAGGAUUAUUUGUGAACAUAUGAUGCUUAAUGCAACAACUCUGAAGCACUUGUAAAGUGCAUGAGGUUUUACCCAUUUGUUUAUAGUGCUAAAGUAGCUAUAGUGAAUUUUAUAAGUUAAGUCAACAUGAACCUUGAAAGUAAUGGCUUAUCUGUGCAGUGUUUCCUAAAGUCUAAGGUGAUCGGGAAGAUGAAACGAAGGGUUCAGGAGAUGAGAAAACCAAACCAUCAGGUGUCUUCUGUAGACUUGAGUCACAACGAGAGCACACGUCUGGCCAUGGAUGCUCUCUUGGACAACGGCUUAACCGGAUACCAACAAAUGUUGAUCAAGGAGAACGAAGCCAACUUUCUUUCAGUGGAGGAAAAAGCCUAUAUCUUAAACAACGUCAUAAAGCCCAUCGCUGACAAUGAAGAGGCAGAUGGGGAUGAAGAGGUGUCCGGUUCUCCAUCUGCGUCCUCUCUGAUGUACAAUCCUGCGGCCACAGAGAGCGAUCCGCCCGCUCUUGCCUUUGGCUGGCCGGUGGCUGACUGGAGUUACCAUCUGCAAGGCAUUCCUAGCACAGAAGUGUUUUUCCAGUCCGCUAAAUCCGCUUCUUUGAAAGACCUGCUGCGGGAACUUAUCAGGAAAGCUACUACGGUUUUGGCAAUAGUCAUGGACACAUUUACUGAUGUGGAGAUUUUCUGUGACGUACUGGAAGCAACAAGAAAGCGCAGUGUGUCCGUCUAUCUGCUUCUGGACCACACCAAUUUACAGGUGUUUGAGGAGAUGUGUGAAAAUGUAAAAAUCUCCAAGUCACACCUUUCUCGAAUGUCAGUUCGUAGCAUUCAGGGUCAAACGUACUGUGCCAAAUCAGGGAGAAAGUUUACUGGCCAGGUUAAAGAGAAAUUCAUCAUUGUUGACUGCAAACAAGUGCUGGUCGGCUCAUACAGUUUCACCUGGCUCUCCUGGCAGGUUCACAAAAGCUUGGCUGUGCUUUUUAAAGGCAGUGCAGUAAAACCAUUUGACCUGGAGUUUCGCCGGCUUUAUGCCACUUCUAAACCGGUGCCAGAUUUUUCCCAGCACACAUCAGGUGCUGGUGAUCCCUACAGCCCAAAAACACAGAGCCCGAUCUGCCCAGCAGGCACUGCUGUAAACAUUGGACCUGCGACUUAUCAUCUCCAACAAAAACCCAGCAGCCCAAGUUUCCCUACACCUCCUGUGCUGGUAAGACAGACCAGCUAUCCAUGCACUUCAGCCGGACCACAAAGAUCUCAGUGGCUUACACGGAGGAACACGAUUCAUCAUCCCAUUGCUUCUCAGCUUUCACUGUUUAAAGAUUAUAACAUUAGGGGUCAACCCAUAAGCAGAGUCCCAACAUUCCACUGGUGCUAGAUUUAGAAACAACCCACAGGUUACCUAACAUUAAUAUACAGCAAAGAAUAAGGCUUCAUAAAAAUGAUAUAUCUGUUGUAUGCCACCAUAAACAUAUUACUGACUAAUCAUUAACCAACUGACUUUAGCGGUUUACUGUUGUGGUCCACUAUUAUAAAUAUGUAAGUCUUUGCUUUGUGUUUGGAUUUAAGAUGACAUUACAUUAUUCACAAAUAUAUGUAUACAGCAUUACAUUCUCUUAAUCUUUAUAAUCCGUGUAUAAACUUUUAUUUUUACAUAUAAUUGUCAGCCAUUAUUCUAAACAAUGUAUUGUACAUUAUUCUACUGUGUAAUUUGCCAAUUACAUUUUAAGACAAACAGCAAAUAAAAAUUGACAAUGCAUUACACUUUAUGAAAACAUGUCUAUGUCUGAACAGGUAACAGUAACCAAAGGG